AUGAGUGCCCCCUGGCCAAAUGUCUCGGACUCAAGCUUUGCUGGCGUUCAACAUCCAUUCGAGACGCAAGUCCGAUUAGGAGCUGGCCAACCACCGCCGACUGCCGGACCAGUACCACAAGUGUCGGCUUUUCCUUCGGUCGCAGAACUCGAAUGCCAAUUUGGGUUUCGAUACAGGAACCCGGAGUCGAUAGAUAGCUCUAGUUCAUCUUCGACGCGCAGUCCAAGCCCAGAAAAUUUUGGAAGCACCUCACGCCCCAGGAGCCUAUCGCCGCUUCGUCGCCCAAAUCGGCCGGGCGACAUCGACACGGCGCUCGCACAUGACCCGCGGUUUUUGGCUGUUGCCACCGACAUAGAUGUGGAAUCGAGCGCAGAAUAUCUUACACCACCACCAAUGCCCCCACCGGGUCUUGUGCCCAGCAUCAGAGAAGAACCUAUUCGCGAACUGAUCGACAUCAACGGCAUCGAAACGGCUCUGCAUAAUUUUGCGACCGGGCAGCUCGACAGAUCCCGAUUCGUGGUGGAACUACACGCCCACAUGGGAUUGUAUAACCGACUCCACGAGCCGUUUCAACGAUUCGAAGACAACAUGAAGACGCUGCAUUUACUGUUGCUCACAUGCCAGAACGCUGCCGACGAGUUCAGGCUGCGAACGGUUCAAGUUCUGCAAGCCGUAGCCGGAUCCGGCUUUUUCACCACGUUGCUCCACGGUGGCCUGAUUCCUCAGCUCGAAUGCUGUGCGCGAAACCCAGACUACUUUGCCUUUUGUUUGGGCACCAUGCUGAACCUGAUGGAGUUGUUCUCCGUCUUUGGACUUACCGGUGAAGCAUGGACUGACCUGCUUGACAUCUUGCAACAAAUUGCCGAGGAGGUGCCUAGCACAGUACGGAACAGCAUGGGGCUGGACUUAGAGCAAAUGUUUGGACGGCUAUAUGAUCAAGUCGCUAUACAGCAUGAUAUCGAAGGCAGCCGAGGCCGUGAUUUUGCUCUUGAGAAGCAAACGUUGGAAUCGGUGGAGGAGUUCAACACCCUGAAGAAGGGCCUUAUCGAUCCGCUUGCCAAUCAGCUACCGCCCACUUUGGAGGCUGAGCCAACCCCCUACCGGACAUUGUGGGCUGAAUGCGAAAGAACGGAACCUCCAUGCGAAUUUCGCAACCUUUCCAGUGAAAUUGCCGUGGACGACAUUGCUGAUACAAGUGCCAUCCCUUACCUACGACGGAUGAAAGUGGAGGGCUGGUUCAAGAACGGCGACGAAUACUUGGACAUUGUCUAUCGCUUGUUUCGAGAGGACCUUGUCUCUACGCUACGCAACGGACUCUAUAUUUGGAAGCAACAUAACUACCAGCUUGGUCGUGAUGCGGGCGGAUACAGUGCCGACCUCUUUGUCGUGCAGGACGUACGGCUUCGUGGAGUCCAAGUCAAAAGCGGAUCCGGAGAACCGAUGCGUUUGGCCGAAAUCCCGUAUGCCACGGUUUCUCGCGUGAUUGAGAGCCGCAAGUUGUCAUAUGGUCAAUUGGUUGUUCUCUCUACUGACGGCUUCAAAUCCGAUAUCCUACUUGGAAUUGUCGGUGAACGAGACGACGAUUUACUGCGAGCUCGUCAAUCAGUGGGGAUCAUUUUGAUCGAAGAACGUGAUCGUGGCCUCGGCAGUGUUCAAGUAAAGCUUGAUACGGAAUACCAGCUCGUCGAAAGUAACGCCUUCCUUGAAAUGUACACCCCGGUGUUGAUGGCCAUCCAGAGCCUGAACCGCUUCCUGCCAGUCCCCUUCGAAUCUUACAUUGUCCAUGGAAAUACAAAUGUUUCACGUCCACUUUAUUUACGUAACAUCGAGGCCAGGCGCGCGCUCCCUCCAUUGGACAUAGAUAUCUACUACGAGAACAAAUUGCGUCGCAAGAAAGCCGAAUUCAAGCUUUGGCUUCAAGACCAAAAUGCGGCCGCUGCCCUGAAACCUCAUAUCGGCGAUCAUGCCGAUGGCGAAGAUGAAGCUCGGGCGAGCAAGAAGCAACGGAGGAAGCAGAAGAAAACGGCUCAAUCGAAUACCCUCGAUUUUGAUGGCGGAUCAUCGCAAUCUGAUGCCGCGAAUGCUAACCCGGAAAUGGCACAGCUUUGCCGUGAAAUCAACGAGGCUGAGGAUUAUGUGCGGAGACCGCAGUUCGAUAUCUACGCAGCAUCGCGCAGGAAGAUGGUCCGAAUUCGCGGGUUAGAUUACGACCUCGAGCAAAUCCACGAAAAGUUUGACCCCACACACGUCUUCAUGGACUUCUCGCAGAGGGAGGCAUUGCUAACCGCCCUGACCAACGAGUUCGCCAUCAUCCAAGGACCACCGGGCACUGGAAAAACCUUCAUCGGCGUCGAGAUCGUGGCCGCGAUGCUUGCCAGCCGUCCUUAUUGGGGCGUGCGUGAGCCGAUCAUCGUCGUCUGCUUCACAAACCAAGCGCUGGAUCAAUUCCUCGAGAAAAUCAACGAACGCAUUUUGCACGACAUGGCAAGCGGUGAGAUCACGGAUAACGAGGGCCCAACGGUCGUUCGACUUGGAUCGCGUUGCGAGAGCGCUUACAUCAAAGACGACUACAAACUGAUGAAACGUGAUGUGUGCGACUUUUACCGCGAUACCGUGCCGCCACUCAAAGGAGUUUCCCGGAGACGUGUCUACGAAGAUUUCGAAUUGGCUGAAGCCGCUCUGGGGGAGGCCGUGGCUCUUCUGCGCUUGGCUCGACGAGACCUGAUUAGUGGCAAAUGCAUUUUCUCGAUCAUGUCGAGGCAACAUCAGGAACAGUUUAUCCGCGAGUACCAUGGUCACCUGGACACGAAGGGUCAGCCGAUGUCUGUUGAUGAGAAGCUGGCCGCUUGGCUGCUGAAUCGAGAUUUCACAAUGGAUGCACCACUACCGGAAAUCUUUGUCGACACGGAAGAUGAUUCCGAAGAUCCUGAAGCCUACGACGCGCGCCUUGCCGACGCUCUACGGAAAGAGGCACAAAUGAAGAAGCUUGAGGCGGCUUGUGAAGCAUGGGGUAUUGGCGAAGAGAAGAAGAAAAGUCCCGUUGGGUUCGUCGAGGAUACCUACGAAGUACGGGACUUUUGGAUCCUGGGCAGAGACGUCAACGCCAUGGCGAAGCAAUUUGAAAAUCAGGUCAUAAUGUGGGGCAAAAGGAACAAGAAAACCGACCUGCUCAAUAAGUACAACCGAAAUAUCGAAGUGUGCCAGGACCCAGCCAUUCGUGCGGCUAUAACUGCGGUCCAAGCGACGGUACUGGCAGCAGUCCCAUUGACUCACGACGAGGCUAGUGCAAUCAAGAACAUCACCACACUACCGAAAGAGCGCCGGUGGCAACUAUAUGCCUACUGGAGGAUUCGGCUGUAUGAUGACACAAGGAAACAAAUGCCACGCCUGAUGGCACGUUAUCGUGAUGCCUGCACCGAGAAGAAGGAGAUGCUUCAACGAGAAGAUGCCAAUGUGCUUAGAAAUGCUCUAGUGAUCGGUGCUACGACGACUGGCGCUGCCAAGUAUCGUGAUUUGCUGCUGAAAGUCAACUGCCGACAGCUCAUCGUGGAAGAAGCAGCCGAAGUGUUGGAGGGCCACGUUCUCGCAUCCCUACUUCCUACAUUGCAACACGUUGUCAUGAUUGGCGACCACCAACAGCUUCGCCCCAACCCAUCAAACUACGAACUCGGCCGCAGCUACAACCUAAACGUCUCGAUGUUUGAGCGUCUUCACCGCAAUGGAUUCCCGUGCACUUCACUCUUGAAACAACAUCGUAUGCGACCGGAAAUUACUGAAUACAUCGUUCGCCCGCACUUCUACUACAAGCUCGAAGACCACGAGAUCGUCAUGGAAUAUCCGCCAGUGGCCGGAAUGGGCAAGAAUCUCUUCUUCUGGGAGCACGACGAGCCGGAGGAAGCCCUGCCCUGGGAUAACACUUCUCGCAAAAACAACUACGAGGUGAAGCAGGCGAUUGCGCUUACUCGCUAUCUGCUUCAACAGGGCGUCUACCAGAAGAGUGAUAUCACCAUCAUCUCCACCUACGCAGCACAAUCGUCUCAGAUGCGCUACGAAGUUUCUGCCGCUUUUGGCACGACUGCCGAAGGCAGACCCGAAGUUCCCGUCGAAACCUUGGACGGCUUCCAGGGCAAGGAGAACAAGAUCAUCAUCCUGUCCUUGGUUCGAUCCACAAAUCGCGACGGGACGAUCGGCUUCUUGAGCGACAAACAUCGCGUGUGUGUCGCGUGGACCCGCGCGAAGCACGGGCUCUUCGUCCUCGGCAACAUGGACUUCAUUGCAAGCAGG